AUUUGUAUACGCCAUUUUGUAUAUGUGUGUUGCAUAUAGUGAAAAUUCGAGAGGUCAUAAUGAAGUAAAAUGUUUCAAUCGAAUAAUAUUAAAAUACUCUUCUAAAAGUGUGGAUUUUAUGUUAUACAAUAUAUUAAUGUUGAAUGAUUAUUCAAACUGCUAGUAAUUUAAAUUGUGUAUUUAACUAUUGCUUAUGUGUACACAUCUGAAUACUUACCUAUAUGUGUGUAUUCAGUUCAAUAUGAAGUGAAAGAUGUAAAAACUUGUUUCGUCCUCGGGCAAAAUGAAUAUGCGUACCACAGUAUAAUUUUAAAUAUGAUUGGGAGACAUAGAAAAAAGUGCUUCCGUUAUUGAUCAUCCAAAACAAGAUAUAUGGCCGAAAACAUAUUCAAUGGUACAACAUCAUGUCUAAAACCAACCAUAGCUUUCGAAUCAAGGAUAAAGAGCUUAAUUCUUCUAAAAACGGCAAAGAAAAUGAGUGUAAAAUUGAAAGAAAAUAUGUUUUUAACUCAACCCCCAAAACAGGUUGUUCAACAGUAUUAGAUAACGAGUUGGUCGCAUUAGCAGCUUUGCAGAUUUGUGAUUAUAAAAAGAAUACUAGUGGCAUUAAAUGUAUACCCAACGAUCAGCUGAUUAAUCCCACAUGCAAAGGCACCAUCAUUAUCUCGUUUUUACCUCAAAAAAUGCUUACACGACAACCCUAUCAUCUAUUUUUCUUUCUCCUCCUUGUUGCGGUUCACCAGAUUUCAUUAUCGCAGUCAAUAUUCUUAGACGAUUUAAGUUCAAGGGACAACAGAACCAUUUCACAAGAAAAGACGAAUGGAAACAAUAACUUAAAAAAUGGCACAGGAAGUAACAUGAUUUCUGGAAACUCACCUAUAGUGCAAAAAGAUUAUUUGGAAAAGUUAAAUAAUUUUGAGCGUAAUGUCGCAGCUGUUCUAAUAAAAGUAGCAUAUGGGACAACUUCUACAACCAAGCGAAGUAUACCAGAUACUAGUUACUCCUUGGGUCUAACCACUGUCGCUACACCAUUUUUGACAACGCAAAGAUAUUCCUCGGUAUAUCAACAACAAGGUUUUAAUGGUCAUCAAAGAAAUUAUGAACUAGACUUAGAGAGAGACCAUGCAUUGCCAACUUCUGCUCCCAACGCUGACAUACUAAAAAGUAAUAAUAAUCCCACUUACCCAAACCCAAACCGCCAUCACCCACAUGAUAGGGAGCGGAACAAAAACACCGCACAGUAUAAUUCGACUCCGAUACCAUCCAUUCCCAACAUUUUAAAAAAAUCAAAUGGAGGACAAUCACCAACAUCACCAAUGUACCCUGGAGAUAUUCCGUCAUAUUCUCCACCGUCGCGAGCCUUCUUUACACCUCCACUGCCACCGGAAUAUCAAAAUCCAUUUGCUGAUAAGCCCACCUUGCGUGGUACCAAUAAUGAGGGCCUUAUAGCAGUUAAUAGGCGUCCGAUCCCACCGCCUAGCUUAAUGCCCAGUCAGGACCGGAUCCCUAUUCGACCUCCAGAUCUUGGGGGCAAUAGUAACGAUGCCGUUUUAAAUCCGUUGGCAGACGCAAAGGUUGGUGAUGAUACAAAGCAGCGUCCUAUUGAAUCAACUAUAUCUCUUGGAACGGGAUCCAAUGUGUCUGUAUCGGAUCGUAAAAAAACACUAAAUACCCCUGCACGUGCCAGUGGUGAAGACUUUUUAAACGAAAAAACAACAAGCAGUGAGGGACUGAUGUCUCAUGAACCAAUUAAAAGACAGGAAGUCUUACCAAAUAUAAGACGCAUUCUGGGAUCGAAUGGAAAAAAUGGUGAUAUACCAGCAGUGCUGUUGAAGCAGGUAACUCAGCGACCUAUAAUUAGCUUCCGACAUCCACCAUCUUCUCCAGUUGUAUUGGUCGAUAAGAAUUUAACAAACGAGACUACAGAUGCGGAUGGCUUCUUGGUUAGUCCAAACAUUAAUCAAAGUAAAUACCAGCACGGUCAGUUGGACUUCUAUGACAAUGCUAAUCACACAACAGGAACAACUCCAUCAGCAGCUGCUGCCAUUGGGGAUGUAUUAGCCACCUCGUUUUCGUACGCCACUACUAAGGCGGUUCUUCCAGGACAUAAAGGAAAAAAAAGUAACACCGUUAAGGAACUGGGUCCGAUCCCGGGCGGUCGCGAUACUAUUACUGGCUCAUCAGCAGCUGCUUCAGCACAAACUACUUGGGCGUGGGCUUGGAAUAUCCACAUCUAUCUGUCAGUUGUAGUCUUUACUAUUUUAUCGGUUUACUCGCUAUACAAAAUGCUAACAUAUAACAAACUUACACAUUUGUUUGCACAGUCGUAUUUUGUAUGCAUCCAUCUCAUAUUAAUUUUAAUUUGCAUAAUGAGAAUAUUUUUCCUAUGCUUCGAUGCAUAUAAUGCUCAUGGCACCUUUAACAUGUUCACCUCGGAACUCCUGCUGAAUCUACCCUCGACCUUCUUAACAGUUGCAUUCUCUAUACUUAUAUUAUAUCUCUUCCUCAAGUCUUUAAACCACAAAAACAAUAGAUACUCGGCUUUGAUAAGACCACUGACAGUAGUUGUCGGCUGCGGAGUUCACGUUGUGCUUUGCAUUACAUUGCACUAUGUUGAAUCCUACACAUUAAAAAAUCAUAAUUUGUAUUUUCAACAACAGCAGCAACAGCAAUACAUUCGUCGACAGCAACUUCAUAGUUAUCAAGGCCAAGUUACUGCUACAAUGUCCCCAUCGGCAAUAAUGCCACCGCCUCCUCGAGUCUUGACCCUUAUAUGUCAGAUAAUUUAUAUAUUUAUUUGUCUCAGUUUAGGGCUACUUUACCUAUAUAUGUAUCGUAUUUUAAAACGUAUUCUCCGCAGCAAAUCUCAAAACUAUAUACACGGAUAUCAGAAUUUGUCCUACGCUAUACAUAUAACUAUUGCUACGGCUCUUCUUUUUGUACUAUUGGCUGCUAUUCAGAUAUUCGGUGCUAUAUGUAUUUCAGCAUCGCGGCAAACUGAUAUAGUUGAUGUCGAUUGGAUUCAAUGGGGUUAUCAAUUCUCACUGCGUCUCAUAGAGAUAGCCAUAGUAACUUUAAUAUCAUGGGUAACUGGGCUUAAAAACAGUAUAGGCCACGAUUCUUUAAAUACUGUAAAUGGGGAGAUUCGAAUGGUUGGUUCUGGUUUGGGAACUAUGGGUGCAUUCGGUCAAGCAAGCGUUUCAAGUAACAAUCCUAUCAGAGAGAAAAAUGCUGGCAACGGGUCCGGCACACACAACUCAAAUGUGACCAAUUUUUUUUUGCCGUGUACAUCAACCUCUAGUCAGGAGCAUUUUGAAACAGACUACCCAGCAAUUUGUAACGCAAAUACAAAUCUCCAUACGUACACUAUGCGGACGGGAAAACUUAUUUAUGAUGACAGUUAUGCCCUAAAUUCUAUAGGGCCCACAACUGCUGCAACAUCCUGCAGUCGCCCAUGUGAAUACCAGCUACAGGAGCCAAUGUACCAAAGGCCCUAUGAUACAGGUUCGAUUGGAAGUGCUCUCAAUGGACCUAAUGGUCAAAAUUAUCCCCAAGCUUCACAAAACCACAAGCAACAACAUCAGUUACAUCAAAUGCGUUUUCACGAGCAUCCCACCCAUAUGACUACGGACUACACCACAGAUACUGCACCGGAUCAUUACGAAAAUCCAAAUUUCAGCUUGCGCACAGCUAUCUUUGCAACAGCUGAACAAAAGUUAAAAGAAAUAAAUGACAAAAAUGGAGUUGGUUCUACCUCAGAUUCUGGAUCGUCCCAUCAGCAAGUUGUGUUGUUGCAAAACGACAAUUGUUAUUCUGAGCCACUGGAGCACGAAAACAAGCAUUAUGAAUUUAACAUAUUUGAGCGCCCCGUGUUUAAUGAUAAAUUAGUUUACAAUGUUCAGCCCAACAGUGAAUGUUUUGCAGAUCGACAAAAAAUAUCGAAUGGCCCCGAAAGAAAGUUUGAUGGCAAUGGUACAAUAGAUCGGAAUUUCUUCGAAAAUAAGAUUACCGAGCGUCGCAAUUCAAACUCAACCAAUUCAUACUCGUCCAAUGCUGGUGGUGGCGGGCGAUGUGCAAGUUAUAAUUCAUAUGAACGCGCAUUUUUCAACGGCGUUUGCAAUACUAACCAUAUGUCCAGUGGUGUAAUAACACUUGGCGCCCCUGCUACAGGUCUUACUAGAGAGGCUACAAUUGCCUCUGUUGGUACUCAAAGAAUAAUUGCCAAUGGAACGCAGACGAUAGGAAUAUCGGAUAGAGCCGCCCAUUUUUAUCAGAGAGAAAAUGGACGUACUCCAAACUUGAGGUCAUUGCAAGGUGAUAGUGACAUGUUUAAAAAUAUGCCUAUAAGGCAGCACCAACUACAAAAGCUACCUUAUGAUGAUAACUCAGAUGAUGAAGAAGAGGAAGACGACAUAAUAUCAGGAAGUAAUGUAGAGUGUACAAACUUGAUAAGCAACGAUAACGGUUCUGUCACUAUUGCAGAAGACAACGCUACAAAUUCCGUUUCAAUUAAUAGCACAACAUUACUUGCGGGCGCAACAGCGAACAAAAAAUUGUCGGUUGACCCGCUUUUGCAUUCCAAAUUACAUGCACAAUUGCGCGCAAAUAAUGGAAAGUUUCAUUCUGAGUUGUGCACUGCUUCAUCAGCUUCGGUGGCCUCUGCAUCCUCGAAUUCAUGCACAACAUCCAGUGCCUCUGAUAGUAUGCUAGUGGCAGAUCAAGGCUUUCUUCGUUUUCGCUCUAUAGAGGAUCAAAAUGGUACCCAAAAUGCAAAUGUAGAGACCGAAAGGCCUGUUGUAUCUUCUCUACGUUUCAAAAGUUGCAGUGCGACUGUAAAUGACAUCGAUUGCUAAGAUUCUUUAACAUCAUAGAUAAAUAGCUUUGCAUGUCCUAGCCAUAACCGUUUUUCUUUGACUUAAUAUCAAUCAAAUGCUGUUUUGAUUGAAUGUUUAUGCCAAUAAAAGUAGUUAAAUCACCACUUUAUAAUAUCUUCAAACUUGUGACUGCGAAAAGCAGAAUUAAAUCAAUAUAUAUUCAAACUUUAAGUAUAACAAUUUUUAUUCGGUAAAAUCUAACGCUCAAACUUAAAACAAAACACUUUUCAAAUGAGAUUUUAAUGCUUAGCUGGGUUACUUAAAAUCUAUGCUUUCCUUAUUGCUUUUAUAUAUUUUUAUUAUUAUUUAUUCAUUCAUUCACAAUUGUAUAUUUCGUCAAUCAAAAUCGCUUAUUAAUAUAAUAAAUAUAUAUAAUAAAUAUGUAUAUAAAUAAUCACAAUUCCUCUUUAAGAUUUCAUAAUGUACACAAUUCCAUUGAAAACUUUUUAUAAAGUGUAAUUUUUUAUUUUUAUCUUGCAAAAACUCCGUGUUUUUUUAUUGCACAGAUCAAUCGUUUAAUGAAAUAUAUACAUAUGGUAUAUAAUUAUUAAAAACUGUAUAAAUUUGUUUGAUGUAGGCCAUACGAAUGAAAACAAUCAGAAUAAAAUGAAAAACAUUUUCUUAUUUACAUUUUUAUUAUAAUUAGUUUGAAAUACACAAAUUCUUUAAAGAGAAUAUUUUCAUGCAGUUUAGCAUUAAAAAGUGUUAAAGUAAAAGCCUACUUAUAGCAUUUAAAGCAUUCUCUUUUCUCUUUUUUGUGCAUAGUGCAGAAUAAACGUAAAUUCUAAACAUUAUUGAUAUUUAUAAUAACGAUCUAUUUACUAUAGAAUAUUCAGAAAAAAUGAUUUUUAUAAGUAAAAGUGUCUGUUAAAAAUAAACUUUAAUUACAUAGUACUGACUAGUUAAGGCUUUUGCAGAUUUCUAUUGUUAAAAUGAUUAAAAGUAAAUGUAUUCUUAAAAAUACUUCUAAUUUAAGAGUAUGUGUAAUCUUUUUAUGCAGCACAUUUAAGUCGUUAAUGACAUGUUAAGAAGCCAUACAUAAAUUACUAUUAUUAUAGAUACGCUGUAAAUAUAUUUUUAUAUCUAUUUGAAAUAAUUCCCAUAAUAAUGAAAUACAAACAAUAUUUCUGAAAUAUAAUUAUCCUUUACUUUGUAAGCAUUGACAAAGAAGCUACGUGUAUGCACAUUCUUAAAUGUAAUUACCUUUAGUAAAGUAGCCAGGCAAGAAUAAAAAUAUAAAAUACAAAGUUAA